UAACUUCAGUAAAGUAAUUCAGUUUUGACACCUUAUACAAUGAAAACGGUUAUAAAUUUAUCAUUAUUGUGCACCAUCCUGUGCCUUGGGGGUAUUUCAGCUGCAAGCAGUGAAUGUCCAGCUGUAGACCCUCUAGAUCAUUCAGUCUAUCUACCCCAUGAAAGCGACUGCUCUAAAUUUUACGAGUGUUCCAACGGGGUCCCCAUUCUCUUAGCAUGCCCCAAAGGAACCCUUUUCAAUACAGACCUAGACGUAUGUGACUGGCCCGAAAACGUGGUGUGUCAAAAACAAAAGUGUCCAGAAGUUGAUCCGAUUGAUACUUCGAUCUACCUACCCCACGAAAGUGAUUGUUCAAAAUUUUAUCAAUGUUCCAAUGGUGUUGCUGUUCAACAGUCAUGUCCAAGUGGAUUAUUCUUCAACACCAAGUUGAAUGUGUGCGAUUAUCCCGAAAAUGUGGACUCAUGUCCAGGCUCAAAUGACAACGCAGCUGGAGAAAAUAACGGAAGUGCGGAGCACGGCAGCGAUGCAAAUAAUGGAAAUAAUGGAAGUUACGUAAUUAAUGGCACUGAUGGAAAUAACGGAAAUAAUGGAAGUCACGUAAUUAAUGGCACUGAUGGAAAUAACGGAAAUAAUGGAAGUCACGUAAUUAAUGGCACUGAUGGAAGCCAUGGAAAUAAUGGAAGUCAUGGAUAUAACGGCACUGAUGGAAAUAAUGGAAGUCACGUAAUUAAUGGCACUGAUGGAAGUCAAGGACCUGAUGGGAGUGGCGGAAAUAACGGAAAUAACGGAAAUGAUGAAAGUAAUGGCAGUGACGAAAGCGAUAGUGACGAAAAUGAUUCCGGAUCGUCAGCAAGUGGUGUAUGCCCAGCUGUAGAUCCAUUGGAUCGUUCAAUAUAUCUACCACACGAAUCCGACUGCUCCAAAUUCUACGAGUGCUCGAAUGGGGUUCCUAUUCUCUUAGAAUGCCCCAAAGGAACCCUUUUCAAUACAGACCUAGACGCAUGUGACUGGCCCGAAAACGUGGUGUGUCAAAAACAAAAGUGUCCAGAAGUUGAUCCGAUUGAUACUUCGAUCUACCUACCCCACGAAAGUGAUUACCAAUGUUCCAAUGGUGUUGCUGUUCAACAGUCAUGCCCAAGUGGAUUACUCUUCAACACCAAGUUGAAUGUGUGCGACUAUCCCGAAAAUGUGGACUCAUGUCCAGGCUCAAAUGACAGCGGAGCUGAUGAAAAUGACGCAAAUGCGGAAAACGGCAGUGAAGGCGGCGAUGUUAGUGAUGGAAAUAAUGAAAUAAUUAAUGGCACUGAUGAAAGUAAUGAACUUGAAGGGAGUGGCGGAAAUAACGGAAAUGAUGAAAGUGACGGAAGUGACGAAAACGAUUCAGGAUCGUCAGCAAGUGGUGUAUGUCCAGCUGUAGAUCCAUUGGAUCGUUCAAUCUAUCUUCCACACGAAUCAGACUGCUCAAAGUUCUACGAGUGCUCCAACGGAGUGCCAAUAGAACUGUCUUGUCCGAGUGGACUGUUAUUUAACAUCAAAUUGAACGUAUGCGAUUAUCCUCAAAAUGUAGACUCUUGUCCAAGAAUAAAAAAAAAUAUAUCUAUACAUAAUGAAGUUUAUCCAAAUAAACUCAGUUAUUCCAUUUCGAUAACUUGUACGAUGAAAACAGUUCUAAGCCUAUCUCUUCUGUGCAGCCUCUUGUAUCUAGAGGAAAGUGCAGCUGCAAACAUUAAAUGCCCAGCUGUAGACCCUCUGGAUCAGUCUAUUUAUUUGCCACAUGAAAACGAUUGCUCCAAAUUUUAUGAAUGCUCCAACGGUAUUCCAAAUCUCUUACAAUGCCCCGAAGGAACCCUAUUCAAUUCAGACCUAAACGUAUGUGACUGGCCCGAUAACGUAGUGUGUCAAAAACAAAAAUGCCCUGAAGUUGAUCCGAUUGAUACUUCGAUCUACCUACCCCACAAAAGUGAUUGUUCAAGAUUUUAUCAAUGUUCCAAUGGAGUUGCCGUUGAACAACGAUGCCCAAGCGGUUUGCUAUUCAACAAAAAGUUGCAAGUGUGUGAUUAUCCAAAAAAUGUACAAUGUCAUAGCUUAGAUGAUAAUAACGGAAGUGAUGCAAAUCACGCAACUAACGGAAAUAACGGAAAUGAUGCAAGUAAUUCUGGAUCGCCAGGAAGUGGAGUAUGUCCAGCUGUAGACCCGUUGGGCCAUUCAGUCUACCUACCACACAAAUCCGACUGCUCCAAGUUCUACGAGUGCUCCAAUGGAGUCCCAGUUGAACAAUCAUGUCCAAAUGGAUUGCUAUUCAACCCCAAGUUGAACGUGUGCGAUUAUCCCGAAAAUGUACACUCGUGUCCAGGAUCUGACGAUCAUCAUGGUGGUCAUGGUGGGCAUGGACACCACGGAAGCGAUGAAAAUAACGUCAAUAAUGGAAAUAAUGGAAGUAAUUCCGGAUCGCCAGUAAUCGGAGUAUGUCCAGCUGUAGACCCGUUGGACCAUUCAGUCUACCUACCCCACAAAUCCGACUGCUCCAAGUUCUACGAGUGCUCCAACGGAGUCCCAAUUGAAUUAUCUUGUCCAGAUGGCUUAGUUUUUAAUACCGACCUUAGUGUUUGUGAUUAUCGGGCGAAUUCAAGCCUUUGUUAAAGUUUCAGACAUGAAAUAUAUUGUGCUUUUAUAAAACU